AUGAGUUUGAAGAGUUCUGUAUAUGAUCACGCAUGUGAAUUUUUAGAUAAAUAUGUCGACGAAUGGUUUUCCAGAGAUCUAGAUCAACCAUUAGUAGUAUUGAUAUCUGGACCACAAGGUUCAGGGAAAAGCUAUAAUGGUCAACGGAUAUAUACACAUCUACGGGACAAGUACAGUCAGAAAAAUGUUGCCUAUUCAUCAAUCGACGAUUUCUAUUUGACUCAUGAGGACCAACAAGGGUUAGCUUUACAAUACAAAGAAAAUAAAUUAUUACAGGGACGUGGUUUACCGGGUACACAUGAUCUGUCAUUGUUAAACGAAUGCCUCGGUGAAGUACUAGGUCGUAGAAAGGACGGUUUACUGAAUUUACCACAAUAUGAUAAAUCGUUAUUUUCAGGGGAAGGUGAUCGUAGUGAUGAUAGCAAACUAUCUGUGAAAUUACCUGUUGAUAUAUUUAUCUUAGAAGGUUGGUUUCUUGGGUUUGAACCUCAUUUACAAACCGUUGAAGAAGAUUUAAUAGAUGGAGAUAUGGCCGACAUCAAUGCGAAGUUAUUUAUGUAUAGUGAUUUACUUUGGAAUAAUCCUGAGGUUCAUUCUUUAGGGAUUGUACUAGCGACAGAUGAAAUUCAAAAUGUGUAUAUGUGGCGUACUCAACAAGAACAUGAGACUAUACAUGUAAAAGGUAGUGGGAUGAGUGAUAUUGAUGUCAGGCGGUUUGUAGACCGAUAUAUGCCUUGUUACGAACUAUAUUAUGAUGAUUUUGUACGUGGAGAGAAUCUAGGAUCUGUAGCUACAUUAACCAUUGGGAUUGAUAAGGAUAGAAGAGUAUUUUCUGUUAAGACCAGGGCUAUUGAGUAA